UCAGCAGAUAAAUAUAUGACUUGAAGCAAGCAAGCAAAGCUAGGGCAGAACUCCUUUCCCUUUUGCUUUAUUUAUAAAUAACCCUUCCCCCCUUCCAUUUUCUGCGUCUUCCCCUAUUCACUUCUCACAGCACGAGACAAAGGGCAAACAUACCCCUUCCCCCCAGAAGAAAAAUAAAAAAAAGGGGUGAAGACGAUGAUGUUCCCGGGCCAAUCGAGCGAGGACUCCCCCGGGCAGAGGAAAAUCGGAAGAGGGAAGAUCGAGAUCAAGCGGAUCGAGAACACGACUAAUCGCCAGGUCACCUUCUGCAAGCGGAGGAACGGUCUGCUCAAGAAAGCCUACGAGUUGUCCGUGCUUUGUGACGCCGAGAUCGCCCUCAUCGUCUUCUCGAGCCGAGGCCGUCUCUAUGAGUAUGCUAACCACAGGUCGAGGUCGACUAGGGUUGGCUUGAUCAGCGUCAAGGCAACCAUAGAGAGGUACAAGAAAGCUUGUUCAGAUUCUAGUACUGGGUCUGUUGCAGAAAUUAAUGCUCAGUACUACCAGCAAGAAGCUUCGAAGCUUAGAGCCCAAAUUGGGAAUUUACUGAAUGCCAACAGGCAAAUGCUGGGUGAGAAUGUGAGCGCAAUGUGUAUGAAGGAUAUGAGAAACACAGAGAAUAAGUUGGAGACGAGCCUCAAAAAGAUUCGAUGCAAGAAGAAUGAGCUUCUAUUUGCGGAGAUCGAGUAUAUGCAGAAACGGGAGAUGGAACUGCACAACAGUAACCAGUUUCUCCGGGCAAAGAUUGCUCAGAACGAGAGAAGUUGCCAGCAGGACAUGAAUUUGAUGCCGGGAGGUGGAGGAGGAGCGAAUUACGAUAUUGGGCAGCCUCAGCCUUCUCAGCCUCCAGCCCAGCCUUACGAAAACAGAAACUACUUCCAAACGAACGCUUUGCAGCCAAAUCAUAGUUACCCUCGCCAAGACCAGAUGGCCCUCCAGCUAGUUUAAAAAGUAAUGCUACCAGUUUGGCCUUUCUGAUGAUCGCGAUUUCGUUUGGGAUCUUAUCAAACAAGCAGCUUCGAGUGCCGGUUGAAUCCAACAUGUAUUGGUCAAAUUUUAUUAUGUUAAGAAGCAGGGAAAGCACUUCUAGAACAAGAUGGGCAAUUUGUAUUCCACUCUCGACUGAAUUGCAGUGCUCUAGUGUGUAAUGUGUUUGUGUUUGAAUAAUUUUGCACACUUAAUGAAAUAUGUACUGAGAUAUGAUCUACCGAGCUUAGUAGAAUAUUCUUGUUCGUA